AUGUGGAUUGACAUUCUUCAAAAAGUAAAGGCAGCUGGGAUACCACAAUGCAAAGGACGUAACUUUGAACGCCUCUUCGAGAUUGCAAAGGAGGUUGGUCUAUACGUCCUCUUCCGCCCUGGCCCAUACGUCAACGCUAAAGCUACUGCUAGCAGAUUUCCAGGAUGGGUUACGACUGGGGCAUACGGUAGGCUACGCAACAAUGACACCCGGCACACCGAUGCUUGGACGCCAUACAUGAACAGGAUGUCACAGAUAAUUGCCAAGCACCAGGUCACCAACGGCGGUAAUGUUUUCAUCUACCAAAUCAAAAAUGAUGUGAAUAACACUGGCCCCGAUUGGGUUAAUGUAUUCUAUAGACAUAACGUCGCCCAGAAUAUUGCAGCUGCGAAUGUGUACAUGGCGUUUGGAGGAACUACCGGAAUCCCCUUCCCAGGAGUUGGGACCAGCUAUGACUACAGCGCACCAAUUAGCGAGACUAGAUUCGUUAGCGACAAGUAUUCCGAGACGAAGCUAUUCGCACAAUUCCUUCGUGUCGCCAGAGACCUUACGAAGGUCGACCGCGUCAACAAUGGCACGACAUAUGCCUCGAACCUAGCCAUCAUGACAACAGAGCUUCGCAACUCCGACACUAAUGCUGCUUUCUAUACGGCUCAUGCAUUGUCACUAUCGACUGAUCGAAGCCCUUUCAAGCUGGAUGUGUCUACAUCCGCAGGUAGACUGAAUAUCCCGCAGAAUGGCGGCGAUAUUGCCGUGAAUCGAAGAUUAUUGUCACUAAUUUUCAGCGUCGGGCGAGAGAAGCUCACCUAUUCCACGGCAGAGGUAUUGACGGCAUCAAUCACGGCAAGCCAAUCGUUUUCCUCUGGUUGCCGGCUGGCGAAAGUGGAGAGUUCCUCUUGGACUGUAUAA